AUGGAGCAUCAUUUGCUGGGGAUGCCAAGUUUGACAAUGGAAGGGCAGAGGAUCUGGCAAGCAAUUAUUCUUGACCUUCUCCCAAAAGGUCUUGGCAAUGCCAGAAAGGCUCUGCUUUCGGGAUGUUCUGCUGGGGGUUUGGCAUCCUUUUUGCACUGUGACAACUUCACCAGCUAUCUACCAAGUAACGCAAGCGUGAAAUGCUUGAGUGAUGCUGGAUUUUUCUUGGAUGCAAGAGACAUAAGUUUGAACUACACUAUGAGAUCUUUCUAUGAAGACGUUGUUUCUUUACAGAUGUUAUCAAGCAAUUUCCAGGGUGUAGAACAGAAUCUUGAUAAAAACUGCACGAGUUCUGGUCACGAUCCACAAGAAAAUGCAUUGCCAUACAUCAGAACACCAUUUUUCAUCUUGAACUCGGCAUAUGAUGUGUACCAAUUUCAUCACAUAUUGGUGCCGCCUUCUGCUGAUUUGGUUGGACAUUGGAAUCACUGCAAGCUUAAUCCAGCAGCCUGUAGCACAGACCAGAUAAAUAUUUUGCAAGGUCUGGAUUCAGGAACGAUAUGCUUACAGCUUUGGGGUAUUUCUUUGAAAAUUCUGGAAGAGGAGGAAUGUUUAUAA